GUGACGUCAGGCUGGAGUUUGGUUUAGAAAGCCAAGUGGAUGAAGGAAGUGGAGAUCUCCACCCUCCAGCCUCCCCCUGACACUUCUCAUAAAUAAUACCAAGGCUUAUUUGGGGGACUCGCACCACAAAGUCACAUCGUGUCCUGGUUUUAACAAGCUUUCAUCUGUCAGAAUAUCCGAAAUUGAUUUUUUUUUCUCCCCCUUUUUCAUCACCGCUUUGGCACCGUCGGAUGCGCUCCAGGCAGCGUUUCUCUAACUCUUAACUUUAUGCACCGGCUGCUGCACCCCGAGCUGGAGGGCUGCUAUCGCCGCUAACCGGUCUCUGCCCUGGGGCUGCAGUCCGCUUCUUUCUGCACGUCGGAGCCAAAGACUGUCCGAUACAAUGUAUCAUCGAGUGUCUUAAGAUUUUUUUAGGGUGUCGUCGAUCGGAGAUCUACUCUGUAUCAAGUUGAGCAACUCAGGACCUUGACUUGCUGAUCUCGUCGCUGCUGGUGAAGAAUUCAAGGAAAGUGCUGCGGUUUCACCAAUUUGAUUGUUUGUUGUUGGGGUUUUUUUUUUUUAUCAAAAAGAAUAAGAAGGAGGAAGAGGACAUUUUUCAUUCUGAACUUUAUUAGAAAGUCGAGCAUCCAUGAUGAGCAAACCCGCCGGCUCAACAAGUGGCUGUUUGGAUAUUCUGAACGUCAAAUCAAGUCGGAUUCUGGACAUCCCAUGCAAAGUGUGCGGCGACCGCAGCUCAGGGAAGCACUACGGUGUUUACGCCUGUGACGGCUGCUCGGGAUUCUUCAAGAGGAGCAUCCGCAGAAACAGGACCUACGUCUGUAAAUCUGGCUCUCAGGGUGGUUGCCCCGUAGACAAAACUCACAGGAACCAGUGCCGAGCGUGCCGAUUGAAGAAGUGUCUGGAAGUGAACAUGAAUAAAGACGCCGUUCAGCACGAGAGGGGGCCCCGGACGUCCACCAUCCGCAAACAGGUCGCCCUAUAUUUCCGGGGCCACAAAGAGGUGAACGGAUCGUCGACCCAUUUCCCGGGAUCCUCUCUGCCCGGCCCUCCCUUCUUCACCACGGUCACGCAACUGGAGCCUCACAACCUGGAGAUGAGCACGGUAGCCACCACGCCAGAGAGACAGGCCAUCGUCGGUCUGGCGCAGCCCACACCGAAGUAUCCCCAUGAAGUCAGCGGUACCCCCAUGUAUCUGUACGAGGUGGCGACUGAGUCUGUGUGUGAGUCGGCGGCGCGCCUCCUGUUCAUGAGCAUCAAGUGGGCCAAAAGUGUCCCCGCAUUCUCCACGCUCCCUUUAUCUGAUCAGCUGAUUCUGCUGGAGGACGCUUGGAGGGAAUUGUUUGUUCUGGGCAUCGCGCAGUGGGCCAUACCUGUGGACUCCACUACUCUUCUAGCCGUUUCUGGAAUGAACACUGAAAACACAGAGUCCCAGCGGAUGAAUAAGAUCUUGUCUGAGAUUCAAGCACUUCAAGAGGUGGUCACCCGAUUCAGACAGAUGCGCCUCGAUGCCACAGAGUUCGCCUGUUUAAAAUGUAUUGUGACAUUCAAAGCUGUUCCUACACAUGGCAGCACUGAGUUAAGGAGUUUCCGCAACGCCAGCGCCAUCGCCGCACUACAGGACGAAGCACAGCUCACUCUCAACAGCUACAUACACACCAGGUACCCGACUCAGCCCUGUCGCUUCGGUAAGCUGCUCCUGCUCCUGCCGGCGCUCCGCUCCGUCAGCCCGUCGACCAUAGAGGAGGUGUUCUUCAAGAAGACCAUCGGAAACGUGCCCAUCACCAGGCUCCUCUCCGACAUGUACAAGUCCAGCGAUAUAUGAAGUUCUCGCCAUCUGUCCAGCGCGCAUGGAAAAGACUUGAGCUGUAGGCCCACAGACCCACCCAGCAGUCGGCAGGAUGUCAAAUCAUAGCAGGUGUAAGCAUGGGUUGAAUUUUUGCUGAGCAAAAAAAUCUUUUGGGCUAUUAUAAAAUAGCCCGUUUAGGCCUAGGCUCCGAUGAAACAAAGACUGCAACACAGCCGGAAUUCACCAAGUAGCCUGUUAACAGUAUCUCUAGUUAAGGACUAGCCUGUAAUUUCCAUUAUAGAAUUGCCUGUAUGAUACUGAAAAGUGCAACCUGUGGCGUGGGCAAAGAGCCCACCGUGUUUAAAUACCGCCUAAAGACUCUGGAGAGCUCCUGCCAAGUGUGUCUGACAAAGAAAUGUUAUAUAUUAAGAAGUUUUUCGAGUGUCUGUGAGACCAAUGAGCUUGAAGACCAAUUAAAUCUUUUAUUGCUGUGUUCAAUCCCAAUGGAGGAAACCAAAAAAGGAUGGCGCAUGCGUAAUAGGGGAUGCGAGUCGCUGUCCUUCGAUCCGGUGCUGAAACCAAACGCACGGAGGCAACGAUGAGGAGGCGGCAACUCUAUGUGAAAUUAGGGGAGGAGGGGGGGUUGGGGGCUCUGGGGGCGAAAGGCUUUGAAGGAAUAUGCUUGCAUUGCCUCCUGACUGUAAAACUACAUUCAUCUGAAGACGGUGUUUGUAUUUAAGUGGUUACUGUCCUGUUUGUGUUGGUGUGUCCUGUUUGAGGCGCAGCAUUAAAAUGUUUAGGUCGACUUUGUGAAGUUAGACACUAACAAUGGAUAAAAGAAAAUUCAGCACUUGGGAAUGUUUUUUUUUUUUUGUGACCUGUGAUGUUUUUAUUCUACUGUAAAUACUUACAGUUAUAACUAUUUAGAGUUGUAACCAAGAGAAUAAAAUACACUGGAUUCAACUGUUUUCAUAUAACCUAGAUAUAAAACUACCAGCUGCAGUUACAAAGCAUGUUUGUAAUUCACAUUAUUGCAAAUUAUAGUGUUACUCUUCUCAGAUGUAAUUUUGUUGUCAUUGAUAAGUACAAUUUCAAAAGAUUUCCCAGUGACACUUUAUAAUAAGGGUAUAAAACACAUGCUUAAGUAAUUAAUAACUUAUGUAUAACUUGUAAUUUGAUGCAUGAUGUGUUGUGAAUUAAGAAGAGUUUAAUGCUUAAUGGAUAAUCAAGUAAUGACCAUUCAUUUACCGUUAGUUGACGCAUUAAUUUAUAAAUGAGCUGUUAUCCAGUUACAUUAAAAAAAGUCAGCUCCAUGUGUUCUCUGAAAGCAGAGCAGCACCUGUUCUCAUAGAAAAUAUGAAGCAGUUUUUUUUUUUAUCAAACUGGUAGUCAGAUGUAAGCAUCAGCAUGCUGCCGCAUGACCCAGCUGUCAUUGUUUUUAUCAUGUUUACAUAUGGUGGCAUAUGAGUUAAAAAAAAAAAAAAUUAUAACAGACACAUAUGUUCCAGCUUUAAACAACAAGGCCAAAGACCUGCCAAAUAAAAGCUUUCAUAGGCAUUAAAUCAUCAUACGUCAUGCAUUAGUUAUGAAUUAUUUAAGCAUGUUUUGUACUUGUAUUAUCAAGUGUUACCAGUUUUCCUUUACAAGUAGUCCAACCUAUUUCUAAAUCAAAGCUCAGGACAGUUUUAAUAAACUCUCUAAUCAGCCAUAGGCCUAAAUCCUCUUUGUAAUUGAGAUGGUAGAUUAUGUAUUU